CUGGUGCACGGGGGGCGGGGCCGGUGCUCUGUCGGAAGCGCUUGAAGCGGAAGUGGGGCUGGGCGCGGGUGUCAUCGCAGGCGGAAGCCGGUUGAGAGGCAGGCGUGUUGGCGAGUGAGGGCUGCGGAAGGCCGGCCGGCGGCAGAAGGAGGCCCAGCAUGGCGGUGCCGCUGCUGGGCGCGCUCUGGGCCGAGGCCCCGCUGGAGUCGCGGAUCUUCUGCUCGGUGCUGCUCUUUUCCUGGGCCGUUUAUCUGUGGGAGGCGCUGCUCGCCUGGAGGCAGAGGACUGUGUACAAGACGACAACCCAUGUCCCAUUAGAAUUAGGGCCAAUCAUGGACUCGGAAACAUUUGAAAAAUCUCGCCUUUAUCAAUUGGAUAAAAGUGCUUUCAGCUUUUGGUCGGGGCUAUAUUCGGAGAUAGAGGGCACGGUGAUUCUUUUGUGUGGAGGAAUUCCUUUCCUUUGGUCCCUAUCGGGAGAGAUUUCUAGUCGUGCUGGUUUUGGGCCAGAAUAUGAGAUUGUACAAUCACUGGUUUUCCUGCUGCUUGCUACGCUCUUCAGCGCGGUCACUGGUCUGCCGUGGAGCCUCUACAAUACUUUUGUCAUCGAGGAAAAACAUGGCUUCAAUCAGCAGACUCUGGGGUUUUUCUUUAAAGAUGCUCUCAAGAAGUUCAUUGUGACUCAGUGUAUCCUUUUGCCAGUAACAUCACUCCUGCUCUACAUUAUUAAAAUCGGUGGGGACUAUUUCUUCAUUUAUGCCUGGCUUUUCACACUGGUCGUUUCUUUGGUUCUUGUCACAAUCUAUGCAGACUACAUUGCUCCUUUGUUUGAUAAAUUCAUUCCGCUUCCUGAAGGAGAGCUCAAACAGCAAAUUGAGACCAUGGCAAAGAAUAUAGACUUUCCUUUGACCAAAGUUUAUGUUGUGGAAGGUUCCAAACGGUCUUCUCAUAGUAAUGCUUAUUUCUAUGGCUUCUUCAAAAAUAAGCGUAUCGUGCUGUUUGACACUCUCCUGGAGGAUUACUCUGCACUUAAUAAAGAGCACCCCGAGGAUUCCGGGGCAGAGACUGCAGUGGCUGGAGGAGAUGGGGAGGAUCCAGACACCAAGGCAAAAGCCAAAAACAAGAAGCAAGGUUGCAAAAAUGAAGAAGUCUUGGCUGUGCUGGGCCAUGAGCUGGGACACUGGAAACUUGGCCACACCAUCAAAAAUAUUGUAAUCAGCCAGAUGAAUUCCUUCUUAUGUUUCUUCUUGUUUGCUGUGCUGAUUGGUCGAAAGGAGCUUUUUGCUGCUUUUGGAUUCUAUGAUACCCAGCCUACCCUGAUAGGCCUGUUGAUCAUCUUUCAGUUUAUUUUCUCACCUUACAACGAGGUUCUCUCUUUCUGUUUAACUGUGCUAAGUAGGCGAUUUGAAUUUCAAGCUGAUGCAUUUGCCAAGGAUCUCGGCAAAGCUAAAGACUUGUACUCGGCGCUGAUCAAGCUAAACAAGGAUAACCUGGGAUUUCCUGUUUCAGACUGGCUGUUUUCCAUGUGGCAUUAUUCUCACCCUCCACUGUUAGAAAGACUUCAAGCCUUGAAGGAAUCCAAGCAAGAUUGACAGAAAUAACUGCUGGCUCAGAGAAGGAGCCUCCAUCCCCAAAUCAAGUUCCCAUUUUUGUUCUUGUUUUUUUAAAAAAACAAAGCGUAUAUAUCCAUUCCAUUCCCAGCACACCAUUCUGCAUAGCGACAUGUGCUAUUCACCCUAUUUGAAACUAGCUCCCGAAACCCUGUAUUCAAUUAACUGAAGUGAAUUUUAAAGAGAAAUGCCUUGUGGGGACUGAGUUGGGAAGGAAUGUAAUGUUUAAAAAAAAGUUUAUCUUAAAUCAAAAAAGCCGUUCUUGAGGGGAGAGCAAUUUGUCACAACCUGAGGUGUCCACGCUUGAAUUUGUGAAAGCUUUUGGAGUGACUUUUGUACCUUUUAAGCACGUUGUCUGGAUGUUCUAUGCGGUAAAGUUCUAGCUUUCCUACCUCAUCCAUGGCAGGGGGAGAUGGUCAGAAUGUGGUAAACCCUCCCUCUUCUGAUCAUUGGGAUUCAAGCAUUUAAAACCAAACACUGUUUGGAUGGAAAGUCUGAGCUCUUCUCCCUUAGGUCCAAGUUCAUACCUGCAACGAAUGAAAAGGCUACUUUUUACAGAGAUAAUAAAGUCAUCUCUUUCCCUGAGUGGGGAACAGAGAAUAAAUUCCAGAUGAUAAAAUGCCUUGCUUGUGUGUGUUGCAUAUACAGUGUGAAUGGUGGGUUUGGAACUUGUCCUCAAGAAUUCUUUCCCCAGCAAGUUUGGGGGGCAGCAGUUAAGAACAUAAGAAAAGUAGGAGGGCCUUAUCUGUGGCCGCCCCCUUUGGAACACACGUCCUGUCCCACUCCCCGAUUCGUGCAUCCCGCUCCUUAGUGGCUUUUAAGUCCCUUCUUAAGACCUACUUUUUUCACCAGGCUUUUGCCCUUUAAUUUUUUUUUUUUUAAAUUAUUGCUAUUUUUCACCACCUAGAGCCUUUGGAGGAGAAAUUUUAAAUAAAUAAAAGUCCUGCUAGAUCAGGCCAAGGCCCAUCCCGUCCAGCAACCUGUCUCAUGCAGGUCUCGCCUGCCUUCUUUCUAAACGAAAAAGGCUCUUCUCCUUAUUCAAAUUUGUAGACUUCCCCAAACUUCCAUCUGUUGUAAUGUAGACUAAUCUUCCCUUGUUAAAGAAAAAAGGAUGGCCUUUGCCAAAGGCAGAGUUGGAUUUCUUAGACAUUUUUAAGUAUAUUCCUUUUCAGCCAGAUCAGCUUUUAGUGCGGGUAGUAUAUACAAAAGUGUUUUUCUGGCUACCAGUUGGAUAUUUAAGUUGUAUGCAUAUAGGAAUUUGCAAAUCAUUCAGGAGACAUAUACAGCCCAGACAGAGCAAUUAAGAUUCACUGGAAUUAAUGGGAUUAUUCAUGAGCAUAAUCGCACCUUUUUGUAUAAGUCCAUCAAAUCUGGGAUAGUAAUCAAACAUAUUUCCAAAACUGAUGUCUUCAAGAGCAAUGAGACGUGUAAACAGGUAAAGAUCAAGUAAGAUCUUAGAGAUGUACAUGCACAGCACCAUGCCUUCUAGUUAUUACGCCGUAUCAUAAUGACUUGUUCAUGAUCAUGGCCUAGACAUAGGUAUGGCCAACCUGUGGCUCUUCAUCCUCACCAUUGCUGUGUUUGCAGCACGGCCAGGAGUGGAUCUUCCCUGCCUUAAAGCCAGGGAGAGCCUCUCCUGGCUGCACUACGAAUGCAGCGAUGGCCAUUUAAGUCCUAAAUGGGGCUGCACGGCCCCCUUCGGGAGCUAAACCAGCCUCCCUGCAUCUGAUGUCAGAUGUGGGGUGGGGGGUGUCGGGGCCACGGCUUGGGUUCUUUGAACCUGGUCGCCCAAUGGUGGUGACCAUUGCUCCAGUCUCAAAGGCAAGAUGCCUCUGAGUACCUGUUUCAGGGGAAUAACAACAGGAGAGAUAAUUGUUAUUGUUAUUCUAGACCAUUGAUAUAGCAUCUUCCGUUACAGACUAAAUGGAUGUAUGUGUUUUGCUUUUUUCCUCCACAUAAAUCCUCAGAUCUUUAUAUGCA